UCUUUACAGAUGGAUGGCCUUGCUCACACAAAUGCCAUAUCAUAUAGACUACAUAAUAAGCAGAUCACCUCACUGAGACAGUUAAACCUAUAUCUCUGGUCCAGCCGAAGGAAACCGAUAGUUGCUGAACCGCGCGGCUGUAAUUAAAAAGGAUAGCACUGACGCACCUUUCUUGCGCAAUCAAACGUGCAACAGUCGCUCUCCCGCAGAGCUUCAAACGCAGAGGUCGAGAUUUCCACCGUCAUUUUAUUGAGACCACACCAAAAUGAACGGGAACACACUGUUCAUCCCGGGUGAAACCUGAGUAGCCUGAACUGAAGAUGAAGUUGGCUGAUGUUAUCUUUACCUGAAGACAAGGCGGAAUAGGAAGAGUGACAACAGAGAAUGACAAAAUGACAAAGACGGUCUCAGAGUAAAUGAGUUGAGUAACUAUAACAGAGAAGAUAGUGCAUGUUGUACAGCGCAUGCGCAGAUCACCACUGUUGCUUUAGUUUAGGACGGUUGAUUACAAUUUGCUCCCAACUAUUGUAGCUAUUUGUAGCCCACAAAAAAAUAUUAAAGUGCUUAAAUCUGAUAUGAUCUGAGUUAGAACCAUCAACAACAAACAGGUUAAGUAACUGUAGUGGUUAAAUACAGUAAUUUGUUUUACACCGGAUAAUUCAGUGCGUUGUAGAUUAUGUAACGGGUAAACCAACCUUGGUAACCCUUUACAAUUCACACUCCUGGAGACUACAUGCGCUUCUAUUAAUGACCGUAAUUAAAACCGAAGAGGAAAGCAAUCAAAUAAAACACAACGUUUGAUAAUUAGUCUAUAAUGACACAUGUUCUUAUAUUUCCAUUGGCCGUAUCAUAUAUCAAGCUACUGAAUAAAACCUCCAGACAAACAUAUAUCCCUAGCCUAUAGGCCUAAACGUUUUGGGGUUUGCUUGCCUGCCCUCAUAUUUAUUUAGGCAAAUGCGUUGGUUGGGCUAUGUUUAAACCGGGAACUACAGAAUAAAGACGGACCCGCUGCAACAAACAAACGGCCGUGAGUUAUUACAUAAAUCCUGGUGACAUAACCUCUGAGCGGAGCUCGGACCGACAGCCAGGGCGCAAAGAGCAAGCGGGUUGAAACCGGAGUAGCCUGAACUGCUUGUACAAGGAAGUUCGUUGCAAAAAUGAAGUUCGCUCAUAUUAUCCUCACGUGAAGACAAUACGGAAUAUGGAGAGAGAGUGACAACAGAAAAUGGCAAAGACGUUGUCAGAGUAAAUGAGCGUACUGACUCUAACAGAGAUGGUAGUGCAUGUUUUAAAGCGCAUGCGCCGUCCCUGCCUCUCGAGCAGCAGGUAGUUCUAUAUAUUUAGAAUUAAAGAUCCAAAGUUUUUGAAGUUAUUUAUGUUGCAUUGCAUAGUAAGUGCACAGCAAAACGCGCGGUAGAAUAUACAAUAAAAAGGGGUGUGUAGACACGCUUGUCCCAGGAGUGUGAAGUGGCGUAGUGUGUGUCAGAGCCAGGUGCAAGCACACGCAGUUUGUUUUGACGGGGGGAGUUAUGGAAUAUGAGGAGCCCGAAUCACCCGAACACAUCACUACAGAAGAACCAAUCAAAAGAGGACAUCAUGAUAGCUAUACGGUUAUGCACCAGAGCUGCUCUCUUCUAUACUGUGUACAAACACGCACAGUCACACACACGAGACACUGUGUCCAAGACGACUCAUUUGACUCAGAUUGAGGUGAUUCCCUGUAAGAUCUGUGGUGAUAAAUCAUCAGGAGUUCACUAUGGAGUCAUCACCUGCGAGGGCUGCAAGGGUUUUUUCCGGCGUAGCCAGCUGCCGUCCGUGUCCUACUCCUGUUCCAGACAGAGUAACUGUCCUAUAGACAGAGCCAGCCGCAACCGCUGCCAGAGCUGCCGACUGCAGAAGUGUGUGACCCAGGGCAUGAGCCGGGAUGCGGUGAAGUUUGGUCGGAUGUCGAAACGUCAGCAGGAGUCUCUGCGUGCCGAGGUGGAGAGACACCGUCAGCAGCAGCAGCAUCUCCAGGCAGAGGCCCAGCCCGCCCUGCCCUACUCCAGCAAGGCAUGCCGUUUCCGGACACCCCACCUGCUCCAGGCCCCGGCUCCGGCCUACUCCUUCCCUGGAGAGCCAGAGCUGCCACCCUGCCCGACCGAUGUGCCCCCCUACCUGGUGUGCUCCCCAGGCGAGUCCCAGGCUCCAGGUCUGGCCUACCAGGGCUGCUGUGUGUCUCCUGGUAGUGGGCACUCAGACGAAAGAGGGUUCGACUCCCGUCAGCCGUCUCCUGACCAGACGAUAGGGAUGGGAAUUAGAUCGUAUGACCCAGAAGACCCCUACUGCCCUUACCCCCCCCCCUCCCUGCUACACAUAGAGGGGCUGUGUGACAGUAUCGUGCAGUCCCAUAGGGACACCAGUCAGUUCAGACUAGAGGAACUACAGGCUCUGAGAUGGAAGUUGUUCAGCAGAGAGGAGAUCCAUGCCUACCAGAGCAAGUCAGUAGAUGAGAUGUGGCAGCACUGUGCCGUGAGGCUGACUGAAGCGGUACAGUUCGUGGUGGAGUUUGCCAAACGCAUCCCAGGGUUCCGUGGGCUUGGACAGAACGACCAGAUCACCCUGCUCAAGACUGGAUCGAUGGAGGUGGUUCUGGUUAGAAUGAGCAGGUGUUUUAACACAGAGAACAGCACCGUCUUCUUUGAUGGGAAGUUUGGCAGCACUGAACUUUUCAAGUCUCUGGGCUGUGGUGAUCUGAUGGUGGCGGUGUUUGACUUCGCUCACAGAAUGUGUGCCCUGAGACUGACUGAGCAGCAGAUGGCUCUCUUCAGCUCACUGGUGCUCAUUAACCCAGAUCGCCCCUGUCUUGAGGAUAGAGGCAGAGUACAUAGAAUGAGAAGAGACUUGGAGGCAUGCCUCAGCCACAUGCUAUGCAGAGACAACCAGGAGAGCCUUCUGCACAAGCUCUACCAGAAGGUGUCAGUGUUGCGGUCUCUGUGCAGUCUUCAUGUGGAGAAGCUGCACUGGUUCAGCCAGCGCUACCCGCUCACCGUACACUCUGUCUUCCCUCCUCUAUACAAGGAGCUGUUCACCUCUGACCUGCCUUGUGUGGACUCCCUGUGAACUCCCUCUGAACUGCACCGUACAUGUUGACAGAUAAUUAGACAAAGAAACAUGCAUACAGUAGACAGACACACACAAACACACACAGAAACACAGACACACACAGAGACACAGACACUCACAAAGACACAGACACACACAGACACACAGAGACACAGACACACAGACACAUGAGAAUGCAUUGAUAACAUGAGAUGAAAUUACUUUGAAUGCUUCACUUGUUGAAUAAAUAUGUUUUUGUCAUUUCAGAGAGCAAUGAUUUGAUUUGAUGAUUAUUUCAGUAGCCUAUUAGUGAUUGGACAUUGAAGCGAUUUUCAUGCAAAACAAUGUUUUAUACGUUGUUGUUUUGUUUUUCCUUUUUGAGGGUGUUAUUUCGUCCUUGAGAUGAUGUAUGCUAUUUUGACUCAGGGCGGCUGUUGUGACUGUAUCCAGACCAGUUGCUAACUGGUAUAAAUGACCAUAUUUAGAUGAUCACUAUGAAAUCUAAUAGGUGUUUUCUGAGUUGUUUUUAAAUGUGUGACUUUACAGAGUUGGCUAACCCAUCAGACUGAGUACCUGAACUAUAUACCCCACGGUUCAGGACCCAAACACACAGACAAGUAUAUAGCUAGUCUUCUCAAAGAACUGUGUGUGGAUCGAAUUUGACCAACAAUCCUAUCUGUCUCUACCGAGUUUUAAAAGAGGCUGUGUGUUGCAUUAAAACAGAGUCAGAAAUCCUAGACAGGCAGAAAUGUAAAUAUGAAUAAUCUAGAACAUAUAGAAUGUAGAUGCUGGGUAAUAUUGCUGUAGGACUACAGUAUGUAGGCAUUUGAAUGACUAACUUUGAGCAUGACUGUUAUUGUAAACAGAUUUCACAAACCUUACCGGUGUGUUUCUUUAACAUUCUCUAUCUGUCUCCUAAGUGUUACCAUGGUGAUUCCCAUGACUUCCAAUAAACUGCUGACAUGAUUUAAAAAAGGA